ACUGACACCCCCUCUUUUGCUGUAUACAUAAGUCUGCUCGUUAUUCCAAUGUAGUUAUCAUUUCUUAUCCCUCCCAGCAUCCGACUUUCGGACUUCGUACGUUCAAUUGGUCUGUAACAUCAGCGCGUGUACUCCACAGGUGGUCGCCCUCGUAUUCAGUGACUACGAAACAAAAAGCAUUGCCCAGAGUUUCUCAACAGCGUGUCCAUCCUCAUCCAACUUCGUAAAUUUGGCUCAUUGUUCUUCUCUAUUUGUUAGAGUGACAUCUCGUCUCCGUUCACAGCCUUCGCCAUGUUCCACCAUCAUGAGCCCAAUGAUCCUACAAACCAGCCGAGGCCACAGGCAGUAUCGCCGGAUCGGCCACCCCAGUGGAAACGGAUGAAUUGUGGCUAUCGUUGCGGAUGGGGCUGUGAGGAACCUGGCGAGGACGAAAGUGAUGGUGGAGGAAGCGACGAUGAGACCGUGUCAACAUUGGUUGAUACCGAUGAUGAAGAGAGCCCGAUGAUAGAAUUGCCAAAUGAGGAAGUAGAGAACCACGAGGCGUAUCAGCAAGCGGGCCUAUUGCUCCAUGAAAGUCUUGAUGAUGGAGACACGGGAGUCGUAGUGCUAGUCAGCGGUUCUCCUAGCGAAUGCGAGGACUGUUCUAUUCACUCUCAUUCGCCCCAGGAUUACGAUGGCAGGUCUGAAAGUCUAGAGGUUGAACCAUGUGCCACAGGAGAUCACAGCACUGUAGCUUCAAGCGGUGGAAGCGCUGGCAACAGAUCGCCAGUUCCAGGAUUCGACUAUAUAAUGAUGGGAAUUCCAAUGACUCGGUUCCCUCCGGCGUAUUAUUUCCUGGAGACACCCCUUCGUCUUAGUCCGCAAGACGAACAUUGUCGAGGACAUACAUUCUCUCCUAUGGUACUCCAGGACGAGAUAUUGUACUUGGAUGUCAUGGGAGAGAUGAGGCGAAGUCAGAUUCCUAGAGACAGGAUGGCCUUCUGAACGCAGGUUGGACUGUGCUUUUCGUAGAGUCAUUCGGCAUUGGUUGGGGUGGUGGACUUGGUGGUGUUCUAUAUUAGUCAGUGUGUUGGAUGAGAGUCAGAAUAAACUCAUGUUUCUGGUGCUGGUAGGCAAAUUGCUCGGAUAUUUGAGGCGUUCUGGCGUUCAGGGUUAUGUACGUUCUCGAAGGUCGGCUAAGUUUUGAUAGCAUUUGUACAUAAAAAAGAGGUGUGAACAAGC